AUGACCGUCCCAUGGAGUUUGCUGUGGAUUCUGGGUUUGAUCUGCUCCUCGGACUCCAGCUGCUCUCCGACAUCUUACUAUAAGAGCUGCUGGAUCCGCAGAUAUCCAGGACUGUAUGUGGACAUAGAGGAAUCUCAGCGCAGAGGAGCCCACAUCCUGAAGCUUUAUCAGGAGGAGUCUGCGGUCAAGUGCAGCAGAGCCUGCUGUCUUACGCGAAACUUCUCCUGCAACCUGGCUGUGUAUCAUUUCAACACCACUCAGGACAGUGUGAACUGCUUUCAUCUUCAAUGUCCGAACCUUGAGAGCUGCAUUCCUCACCACAGAGGAAAUGUCAUCCUCUAUAAUGUCACUAAAGGUGUGGAUCCUGAUCUGUUGGUUUUUGGGAAGUACUUCACCACCAACGUGCGUGUGCUGCCUCACAUGUCCUCCUCACGACUCAAUGUAUCAGAGCCGCUGACCUCUGACAAGCGUCAGUUUAACUAUCCACCCAACCCACCCGUCCGUUCAAUCAGUCCUGCAUCCACUAGCACGAAAACACCCACAACCCCCCAACAAACCACUAGCGCUGUUCCUACUGUGCAUCAAGUACAACAUACCCUCCCUCGAUGUACUACAACACAGGCUACAACUGCUCAAAACACGUCAGAACACGUUAUAUCAACUACGUCAGAGCCUAAAAUGGACUCUACACUCAAUCCCCAACAGACGACUUCUACGUCACAGGGAGCAUUGAUAAACAUGUGUCAUACGACCACCUCUUCGAUGGGUGAACCUGAUACAAUAACUGAUACUUUAAACCAAAGAAUCCCAACCCCCUCACCUGUUUAUCUAACCACAGCCCACCCAAGCUCUACAAUUGACUUCUUUGACUCUACUUUGACCUCCAUCCCAAUCAACAAAGCUCUAAGGUCCUCCACUACCCAACAGACUGUGGGACUAAAAACUACAGUUAUACAGGUUACAAACUCUUUGGCGAUGGCUUCUGAAAUGGCUAUUCAAUCUACAGGUUCCUUAACUACUUUGAGACUAAAAACUACAGCUUCACAGAAUACAAACUCUUUGGCAAUGCCUUCCCAAAACACUGUGCAAUCUUCGAGUUCCUUAACUAUCCAACAGUCUUUGGGAGUAAAAACUACAUCUCUACAGAAAACAAACUCUUUGGUGACUGUUUCCCAAGAAGCAAUGCAAUCUUCAAGUUCAUCAACUACCCAACAGUCUUUGGGACUAAAAACUACAACUCUACAGAAUACAAACACUUUGGCGAUGGCCUUUCAAGACACUAGGCAUUCUUCAAGUUCCUCAACUACUCAACAGCAUUUGCGAUUACAAACUUCAACUCUACAGACUACAAACACAUUGCAAUCUCAAAAGUCUAUGAAAUAUUUUACCAAGGUCAUGACAAGUACCCAACAACCCUUACACCAAACUACAGAGCAAGCUACUUCGAUUUAUAAGUCCAAAUUAGAAGAGUAUCCAAAAGCAACAGUGCAAAAAACUGUUAAGACUUCUGCACCUUUACAAUCUGAAGCAUCAACUACCACGAAACCCUUAACUUCUGCAAACGUUCCCUUACAAACAUUGACCCAAAUUACAGCUGCAUAUGAAACAAUACAAUCUAAAACUGCUCAGAGCACAUCAGAGACCAGAAUGGGCGCAACACCCAAUUCCCAAAAGACGAUUACUACGUCAAAGUGGACAACCAUAGACCCUUUAACUUCUACAGUUGUUCCCUUACAAACCUCAACACAAACUACCCCUGCAUAUGAGACUUCUACAUGGGCUUUACAAACCCCAACCCAAACUUUAACUCUAUCCCAAUCAAAAGAGACAACUAGCAGCGAGACAAGAACCUUACAGAUCUCAACCACCACAAAUCCUACAAUCAACACUUAUGGUUCUACAACCCCCAGAUACCUGACCCUAAGUUUCACACACACUCGACUGGUCAACUCCGCAACCACCAGUAGUUUGAGUUCUUCUCUAACUGCCCCAACUAGCAGCAUGGUGGACAGUCAACCGUACCCCAAUGACACGAAGGGUUACAUCAGCCGGAACAUCACUACAGGUGAUGCACCUCAACCUGGUGGGGAUGGAAGCUUGAUGUCAGUGUGGCAUUUCGCCGCCAACACUGUACUGGUGUCUUUAGCGACCUGCGCUACCAUCACAUUCUGCUGCUGUUGUUCGGUGUUUGUGGCUCUGAGCUGGAGAGGUCGGAGGCGUCGGAAGGGCAGGUACAGGACAAAUCUGAGGUGCAAGAGAGGAUCAAUGAGGCUCAUCAAAUAUGUCAUUGUAAGAGAAAGUUCGUAAAGCGUAGUUCUUCACAUCUGGAACUGGGUAGGGUUGCACCAGCUGUUUGUAAGCUCUUACUUACAUUGGAGCAUAAAGUCCACACUAGAGUCUUAGCUAU